AUGUCCCGGAAGGCGCCGCGGGCUGAGGUGUGCGCCGACUGCAGCGCCCCAGACCCUGGCUGGGCGUCCAUCAACCGCGGGGUGCUCAUCUGCGACGAGUGCUGCAGCGUGCACCGCAGCCUGGGCCGCCACAUCUCCAUCGUCAAGCACCUGCGCCACAGCCCCUGGCCCGCCACCCUGCUCCAGAUGGUGCACACCUUGGCGAGCAAUGGGGCCAACUCCAUCUGGGAGCACUCGCUGCUGGAUCCAGCACAAGUGCAGAGUGGGCGCCGGAAGGCAAACCCCCAGGACAAAGUGCACCCCACCAAGUCUGAGUUCAUCCGUGCCAAGUACCAGAUGCUGGCCUUCGUCCACAAGCUGCCGUGCCGGGAUGAUGACGGUGUCACUGCCAAGGACCUCAGCAAGCAAUUGCACUCGAGCGUGCGGACGGGCAACCUGGAGACCUGCCUGCGCCUGCUCUCACUGGGUGCCCAGGCCAACUUCUUCCACCCGGAGAAAGGCACCACACCACUGCAUGUGGCCGCCAAGGCUGGGCAGAUCCUGCAGGCAGAGCUGCUGGUGGUCUACGGUGCCGACCCUGGGGCACCCGACGUGAAUGGCCGGACCCCCAUUGACUAUGCCAGGCAGGCAGCCCAGCACGAGCUGGCGGAGCGUCUGGUGGAGUGCCAGUAUGAGCUGACUGACCGGCUGGCCUUCUACCUCUGCGGCAGGAAGCCGGACCACAAGAAUGGGCACUACAUCAUCCCGCAGAUGGCUGACAGGGUGCGCCCAAAGUGCAUGGCACAGAGCCUGGACCUCUCUGAACUGGCCAAGGCAGCCAAGAAGAAGCUGCAGGCGCUCAGCAACCGCCUCUUCGAGGAGCUGGCCAUGGACGUGUACGACGAGGUGGACCGCCGGGAGAACGACGCGGUCUGGCUGACGACACAGAACCACAGCACGCUGGUGACAGAGCGCAGCGCCGUCCCCUUCCUCCCUGUCAACCCCGAGUACUCUGCUACGCGCAACCAGGGCCGGCAAAAACUGGCCAGGUUCAACGCCAGGGAGUUUGCCACCUUGCUGAUCGACAUCCUUGGGGAAGCCAAGCGCCGGCAGCAAGGGAAGAGUCUGCUCAGCCCCACAGACGCCCUCGACUACUCGCUGCGGAGCCAGAGUGACCUGGACGACCAGCACGACUACGACAGCGUCGCCUCUGACGAGGACACGGACCAGGAACUGCUGCGCAACGCCUCCCGCAACAACCGUGCCAGGAGCAUGGACUCCUCUGACCUGUCAGAUGGCCCCAUCACGCUGCAGGAGUACCUGGAGGUGAAGAAGGCUCUGGCUGCCUCUGAGGCUAAGGUGCAGCAACUGAUGAAGGUGAACAACAGCCUGAGCGAUGAGCUGCGCCGGCUGCAGCGCGAGAUCCACAAACUGCAGGCAGAGAACACGCAGAUCCGGCAGCAGACUGGUCCUGCGCAUCCCACCCCGGCCCCCAGCGAGCGGCCGGACCACGGGCACCCCCAGGGCACAGCUCCCCCACACCGCCGGGACCGCCAGGCCUUCUCCAUGUACGAGCCGGGCUCGGCGCUGAAACCCUUUGGGCAGCCGGUGGAGGAGCUGGUGACAAGGCUCCAGCCCUUCAGCCCCGGCGAGGUGGAGGACGAGGCUCUGUACUCCAUGCACAUCCCGGCCAGCGUGUACCGGAUCCGAAAAGGUCCAUCUGCCUCCUCGGUGCCCUUCCCUCCAUCUUCUCCGCUGCUCUCCUGCCCGCCUGAUGGUGCCCGACACAUGAGCAAGCUGGACCGGCAUGGCAGCGGCACUGACAGCGACUAUGACAACACACAGGCUGGUGAGGUUCUGGUCAGCAUGGAUGGGAAGCGGUUUGUGGACCUGAGCAAGGAUGAGGAUUUCCCCCACGAGCUGGACCCGCUGGAUGGGGAGCUGGACCCUGGCCUGCCCAGCACGGAGGAUGUCAUCCUCAAAACUGAGCAGGUCACCAAGAACAUCCAGGAGCUGCUGCGGGCAGCACAAGAGUCCAAGCAUGACAGCUUCAUGCCCUGCUCAGAGAAGAUCCACUCGGCAGUGACAGAGAUGGCAUCACUCUUCCCUAAGAAACCAGCACUGGAGACGGUGCGGAGCUCCCUGCGGCUGCUCAACACCAGCGCCUACCGGCUGCAGAGCGAGUGCCGCAAGACCGUGCCCCCUGAGCCCGGCGCCACCGUGGACUACCAGCUCCUGACCCAGCAGGUCAUCCAGUGUGCCUACGACAUCGCCAAGGCCGCCAAGCAGCUGGUCACCAUCACCACUCGUGAGAAGAAGCAGUGA